GCCUCCUCACCCAGUUGCCCCACAAACGUACAGACCUGUUCUUUAUCUCCCCUCCUUUCCUUUCAACCAGGACUGACUGCUAAAGCCAGUUUUAUCAGGUUCAGUGCUAACCGGAAGUUAAUCCAGUAGUACUACGUAUUAUAGUAGUGACAACCCCAAGCGUUCAAGUCUCUGACAUGUCGCUCAAAGCGCUCUUCUAUGCGUACAUCUUAGGCGGACUGACACUCAUCCCACUUCUCAUCCUUAUCGUUGUCGGCAUCGCCAUAUACACCUCUAUCCCCGUGCAAACCAACUCAGGCAAAGAUGCCAAGCCAGAGCCCCACACCGAUUCGAUUGAGCCACAAGCAGAAACCGAAGAUCCUGCCUCACCGCUGGAAGUAAAUGACAAGCCCAGGACGCGCAGUGGUUGGCUCACCAUGCGUAGAACGUUUGAGGAAUCUGCGUCUUCCGAUGGCUCGUACGUCACACUCGUCCGUUCCUACCUUGAUGCGCGCUCCAAGGACCCUAAGCGCUCACGCCCAAAGGACAUGUGGUACGUUGUCCUUAAGGGCACAGUUCUGUACCUGUACGAGGACGAAAGUAGGACGGAGUGCGAAGCUGCUAUAGAGUUGGGUAGACAUGAGGUGUCUGUUUACCCGGAUGGACUUCUGGACGGGGAGCUCUACACAAAACGGAAUGCCAUAUGCCUGCGCCCAAGACAAAUGCCCGAGGAAAAAGUGGUGCCGAAUGUGGCAAAUGAGACAGCAUCUCAAGAUAUCAAUAUUGAUGAGAAGGUGGAGGAGGCAGGUGGAAGCUUGAAGAAGCGGACGGCUGAACGCGAGCGACUUCUGGAAGAAGAGAAAAAUCGGGAAGCUGCACGACAAGAGGCGUUGAGCGCAUCGAAGCCUUGGUUCAUCUUCGUGCGCUCCUGUGUCGAGAUGGAGGAUUGGUACUUUGCGCUCGUGCAUGCAUCUGAGCACCCGACUGGCACGCCCACUCUCGACCCACUCCAGAGCGUAUUCCUCCCUUCAGAAAUGAACAAGCUUGUCGUGACUCUCGAUGAGCAACCUGAUGUCAUCCCCAUGCGCUGGUUAAACGCGUUACUUGGACGCGUAUUCUUCAGCUUCUACCGCACACAGAUGCUAGAGUCGUACAUCAUCGGUCGUCUUAUGAAGAAGCUUUCCAAAGUCAAGCGCCCUGCAUUCCUCACAGACAUUUCCGUCACCAAAUUCUCAAUUGGAAACAAGGCCCCGACACUUAGCAAGCCGAUGUUGAAGGAGCUUACAAAAGAAGGCGACGCAUCGCUCGAGGUGCGCUUUACAUACAAAGGGGAGGUCCGUGCGACUGUUGAGGCUACCGCCACAAUCAACCUCGGUGCUCGCUUUAAGUCGUACACCGUUAAAUUGGUGCUGGCGGUCAUUCUGCGGGAGAUAGAUGGAAACCUCCUCAUCAAGGUCAAGCGGCCACCGAGUAGUCGGAUAUGGUACGCGUUCACGCAGACCCCGCGUGUGGUCAUUGAUGUCGAACCCAUCGUGAGCGAUCGCCAAAUUACAUGGAGCAUGAUACUUGAAACGAUCAAGUCAAGAAUCAUUGAGGUGAUACAAGAGUCCGUCGUAAUGCCCAAUAUGGAUGAUAUCAGUUUCUUUGACAGCUCGCCAUAUCUACAUCGUGGUGGACUUUGGUCAGAUGCUGCGCGGCACGAGCAGUCAGAGCCCGUCUCGACUUCACCAGUCGGUGUAAAACCUGCGGCAUCCGAGGCAGACAUCCCAUCUAUUUCAGGUACCGAAGAUAUCACGGCACCGUCGAUACAGCGUUCGGUGUCUGCUGAAGAUCUGGUGGUUGAUGUAUCAUCACUAGGAGGCGUGCCAGUCAUUCGUUCUGCAACCACUGGGGCCUCAGACAGCACUGUAAAAGUCUCUAGGCGGCGGCCUGGUGGAGAUGACUCAGAUGUGGGCGACGAUGUCGAGGAGUCUGAUCUUCGUGGACGACGGAGUCGCGCUACAAGUUCUACAAUGCCGAAACAAGAUCCUCCUACCAACUCCCAAACAAACAAACCCACUGGCGAGAUGGAGUUGGAAGAAGAGAGGCCUGAGUACCUGUCGCCACAAUACCACGGCCGGUCCUCGUCAGCACACUCUUUAGCACGUUCCAGGUCUUCUCGAGCGGAUUCUGUCUCUUCUUCAGUCUCGGUCGGUGGUGACGAGUCCUUCAAUGGCCCCUCUGACUCUGGCACACCCUCCAAGAGCCCUAAACCCUCUGCCGGUUCGAGUACAGCGAGCUCUUUGUUCUCUACGCUGAAGUCGAAAGCUGCAGACAAGCAAGCGCUAAGCAACACUGCUAAGGAGGCGAUGCGUAAAUGGGGGGUCAAUUGGGGUGGUCUUAAGAAAGAUAGCAGUGUCAACUCUCAGGAUGACAUUCCGGACGUCGGUCCUUCGGAUGCUCGCAUCCGGACAGAGAGUCCACAUGGGCGCCCCAGUUACGCAGAAGUGCGUGCUGCUGUUGCCGAACGAAGAGAGCGCAGGGACGACGGUGGGUCCACCCCUAUUCCCAUCCCCAAUGGGAAAGAAAAGAGGUCCACAAGCCUGUCGAGCGGUCAUGUGUCAUUAUUAUCUGGUGCACCUGCAUCGCCUCCCCAUAUGAUGCAAGGCGGCUCAUCGGAAGGCAGCUCCUCAUCUAGAUUUGUCGCACCUUCUCUGUCAAAGUCGGCGACAGAAAAUGAUCCACUCCAGGACCGUGGUUUUACGGAUGUCACAGAGGAGCACCGCAGGCCAUCUGUCAUUCAUACCCAACCUUCACAGGCGCGGACAAUGACAAUUCCUGGGAUACAUGCAAGCCAUCGCGGGGAACCCAUGUCAAUGGGAAACAUUGCGCCAUCGUCAACACCCCCGGAGAGCAAGCUGAAGGGGCCUGCUAUUCAAAGCAUGUAUCGCUUAUGGAAAAGUCCGAUUCUGACGGGUCAAUCACAAGGCUCGGACAACCAGUCGACGCCUAUACGCGCAGACAUGGAUGAACAUAAUGGGGAUGUUGCCCCGCUUAGCCUUUCUGGCGAUGUCGCCUCACCAUCUGCACGACCUCUUCCUCCACCUCUUCCUCCGCGGACGGUAUCAUCUGUACCACAUACUACGCCUGAUUCGUCCAACGAUGAUGUUCCCUUUGUAUCACCUGCAUCAGAAGAGAUGGGAGGAGCUUCGCCGGUGCAGGGAUCAUCAAAUCCAUCCUCAGAGGCAGAUGAAACGUCACCAGCUGUUGGCAUAUCUGAACCGGUAAUUGUCAAAGGACCGGAUAACAGGCCUCCAUUGCCUCCGCGCAGGUUGCAAACACCCGGGCCAGCAAGAUAGCCAACAUUUGAAAAUUUGCUAGUUCAUGUACGUCACUCAUCUGCAUUGCAUUGUUCUUAUCCAGUGUUCUGCCGGUCAGUGUACGUUUAUCAAAGUUAACUGCCAGAUGUCCUGCUUGAAUAUUAGAUAAUCAUAUCUGAUUGGACGAUGAAGCAGGUUCAAAGUGCCGCAGUACACGGUGCGUCAACAAUC